UUCACACCAGGCCAGCAAAGAUACCGAGCCGCACCGUCGGACAAGUGUCGUCAAGUGUACGGGCCAGUGGGAACGCUUCAGUAUCCUAUCGGCUAUACUGGGAUAAAGAUCGUUGGAGCAACAUUUACUCCUGAUCGUAACGAUAUUUAGUGUAUUCGUUUAGUGUAGAAGUCGGUUUUUUUUUUGGCUAACUUGGAAGAUGCUGGGUACGCUCGUUGCCCACCUGCUGUCACUGGAAGGUGCACUGCUGGUGGCUAUCGUCUCGCUAGUCUACUACUACGUAGUAGUACGCAGCGCACGCUACUUUGCCGACCGAGGUGUUGCGUACGUACCGCCGGUACCGCUGCUCGGUAAUGGGGCCGAUUUUAUCACCCGCAAGCGUCACAUCACGGACAUCCUCCGGGAUAUGUACGAUCGCUUCACGCAGCACCGGUUCUUCGGUUACUUUGACUUUCUCUCCCCGAUCUAUGUGGUGCGCGAUCUCGAGCUGGUGAAGCAGAUCUGCAUCAAGGAUUUCGAUCACUUCAUCAACCACCGGAUACAGCUGGAUGAAAACCAUGAUCCACUGUUCGGGAGGGCACUGUUUGCGAUGCGCGAUACGCGCUGGCGCAAUAUGCGCACCGUGCUGAGUCCCGCCUUUACCGGCAGCAAGAUGCGGCUAAUGUUUGGGCUGAUAACGAGCUACUGUGACGGUGCGGUACGUACGAUACGGUCCGAGAUGGGUAGCGAUGGGUGUGCGGAGCUGGAGAUGAAGGAACUGUUCCGGCGGUUCGGUAACGAUAUUGUGGCGACCUGUGCCUUCGGCAUCGAGAUCAACUCGUUCCGCGAUCGGACGAAUGCGUUCUACACCCUCGGCAAGGAGCUUACCAAUCUGGAAGGUGUGCAGGGCCUAAAGUUUCUUGCAUUUUCAUCCUUUCCGCGCAUAAUGCGGGCGCUCCGUUUGCGGCUAUUUAGCGCAAAGAUGACAAGCUUCUUCCGGCACGUCGUGAUGGAUACGAUUGCGCAGCGUGAACAGCGCGGCAUCGUGCGGCACGAUAUGAUCAAUCUGCUGAUGCAGGCCCGCAAGCAGGAGCUACGGUUUGACGAAAAUGACAACAUCGAAACGAGCAAUGGAGGGACCGGGGGACAGAAACGACUGAUGGACUGGACCGAUGAUGAUUUGACCGCCCAGUGUACGGUUUUCUUUUUCGGUGGUUACGAUACCGUUUCGACACUGUCCGCCUUUAUGGCGCACGAGCUGGCCGUUAACCCCGGAGCUCAGGAGCGGCUGCGGAACGAAAUUGAUACCGUGCGGACAUCGAUUGGUGGUGCGGACAAGUUAAGCUACGAAACGCUCCAAUCGAUGCGCUACAUGGAUAUGGUGGCGAACGAAACGUUACGCAAAUGGACGCCGGCACCGUUCCUCGAUCGUACCUGCACGAAACCGUACGUUCUGGAGGAUUAUAACGGGCACAAGGUGCAGCUACAGAAAGGUGAUGGUUUAUGGGUACCGGCGGCCGCCAUUAUGCGUGAUCCGCAACUGUUUCCCGAACCGGAUCGUUUCUGGCCGGAACGGUUCGGACCGGACAGCCCGACACCGAUCGAUACUGCGUCGAUCCUUACGUUCGGGCUUGGGCCACGCAACUGCAUCGGUUCACGGUUCGCCCUGAUGGAGGUGAAGGCGGUGUUCUUCUUUCUGCUGACCCACUUCCAGCUGGAGGCGGGACCCCGCACCCAGCAUCCGAUCAAGCUGAAGAAGGCUAGCCUGGGACCGUCGGCCGAGAAGGGCUUCUGGAUACGGUUCCGUUUGCGUGACCAGCCGCGUCAAGCGUAAUUUUACCAAUCAACGGUACAAAUCAACGCCACCAAUCAAAACCGAACCGUACGAAAGAAACCGACCCGGAAUACCCGGAAUUGGGCAGAUCAACAAUCAAUUACUACUCAAGUUCAAGGUCCACGCACAAUACAGUGACCUACGCCGCGUAUGAAGCGGUGCCAGAAAAUAUUACGUUACGUCUGUGUGGAAGCAAAUCUUUUGGUGCGGAAAAUUUAAUUUGCUUCACGAACAAUUAUUCACGCUUUGUCUACUAGUUUGCUAAAAUUUCUUUAAAGAGUUCUUGUGUUUUUUUUUUGGUUUUCACUAAAUAUUAAAUAAAACAAAUGCGUCCACUGUG